UUUACCCUGGCUUUUGUUCUAUCUCUACAGGCUGUGAAUCCGUACAAAGUUACCUCCGCUGGCCCUGUAAAUCACGCUGAGGUUGUGGAGAUGAAUAAAUCCUCCAGGGAUAAAGAUAACCGCAACCAACAGAAGGAGGUAAAUGAUGAACUGCUGAAGAGGAUAACUGACAAUAAGGCCCAGCCCCCAGCGCGAAACUUUCGGGUGGACCGCUCAACUACAUCCAUGCCCCUUACAUCUGAUUCCCAGCCCUUUGAGGUCCAUGCUUGGCUCAAUGCAAAGGGCUUCUCUAGACCGGUGGUGGAAUGUCUUGGUAUUCUGAACGGGGCUCAACUAUUUUCCCUCAGUAAGGAUGAGCUGAAAGCCGUGUGCGGAGAUGAGGGUUCCCGUGUGUUCAGUCAGAUCACUGUGCAGAAAGCUCAAACAGAGAGGGGUCGUGGGGAUACAGAACUGCAGGAGAUCAUGAGGCGACGACAACAGGAGGUGGAGGGCUCAACCUGGGAAUGAUUACAGUUAAUCAGGCCAUCACUCAUUGCAUUAUUUCAUCACAUUUUCUUC